UCGUGACUAGGGGGGCUCAGAGGCGUGAUCCAGUUGGAGCGCGAGUUGUGUUGGCAGAGUGCUUAGAAAAUCAACGUUCAAACGUUCAUGCAAUGGUGGACGUCGAGAGCAAAGCAAAACCGUCGCGCACUGGUGAAAAUAGGCCGAGAUUCUUCCGGCCGGCGCCUCCGCUGCUCUCGCUGCUCGAUCACCCACUGCUGCCAGCUACUCACAUAAUCCAGAGGAUCAACAUCCCGAUCAAGCGACACUUACGGCUAGACGCUCCCCAUGACAAGUCCGUAUGCGUGUCACGGGGUCUGUCUUCGUGUUCCAAGAGCUCAACAGGGCCGGGCGGUCGGCUCUUCUUAAAGUGCCACGCUGGCUGGCAAUACUGCAACAUGAAACAGGUGGAUCGGAGGGGGAGGGAUAGCGGAAGAAGCAAUGCCGAUAUUGUAGUUUCCAGCUUCGUCGGAUUACGGGAGCGAGCUCUGCGACUGUAUGCGUCACGGUUGCUUUAUUUCAGCCGUCUAGUAUACCCGACCUCAAAGCGACGUACUACGCGUCGGGCAGAGUUACCUGUCCCCUUCGUUCCCAACGUCCGGACAGCGGGGUCACCUGCGCGUGACGCGAGUAUUCCAUGUAUCGUCCUGUGCGACGUGCAUGCUGGCGAGGGUUCUCGACACUGCGGAGUUCUAAGAUUCACUGACAUUGAACCUGUGCUCACAACUGCGUGACUCCAACUAUCGGCUCCUGGUUGUGACCGCCGUUCAUCCCGCUUCGAGCGAGAAGGGGCUCGCUCGGCGCAUCCCCAACUACAGGAAUGGACGUAGGAGAUGAUCCAGGGAAGUGGCGGCCGCAUCUCGGUCAAUGUACUCCCGUGACGUACCUCGUGUUGGCUAGCCAAUCUAUCUUUGUAGAUUUCUCC